CACACUUUCUCACCAAACACACAUAUUUACCAACAGAAGCUGCUCAUUCAAACACAAACACACCAGUGAGCUCAUAUUCAUCAUCACCAUGCACAGCAAAGACCAGAUCAGUCAUGACGACUACCAGAAGACAGCUGAUUGGUUGAUGUCUCAGACAAAGCACCGCCCUCAGGUGGCGAUCAUCUGUGGGUCCGGACUGGGCAUGCUCGCUGACACCCUGAAGUGUCAAGACUCCUUCGCUUAUUCUGACAUACCAGGUUUCCCUCAGAGCACAGUUCAGGGUCAUGCGGGUCGGCUGGUUUUCGGGGAGCUGAAGGGGAAAAGUUGUGUUUGCAUGCAGGGUCGUUUCCACAUGUAUGAAGGACACUCACUGCUGAAGACGACGUUUCCAGUUCGAGUCUUCAAGCUGCUGGGGGUCGAGACUCUGUUCGUAACAAACGCUGCCGGCUCAUUGGCCGACGGCCUCCAGCCUGGUGACAUCAUGAUCAUCAAAGACCACGUCAACUUCCCCGGAUUGGUCGGUCUGAACCCGCUGUGUGGACCUAACGAUGACAAGUUCGGGCCCCGUUUUCCCGCCAUGUCAGGCUGCUAUGACAAAAACCUGCGUUGCCUAGCGAUGGAGAUCGCCAAGCAGCUGGGCGUGGCCGGCCUCAUGCAGGAGGGCGUGUAUGCCAUGGUGGGCGGGCCCAACUUUGAAACCAUCGCUGAGGCCAGACUGUUGCAUCGACUCGGCGUGGACGCUGUUGGUAUGAGUACGGCUCCUGAGGUUGUUGUGGCGACGCACUGCGGCCUGAGAGUCUUUGGUCUGUCUCUGAUCACCAACAAGGUGGUGAAGAGCUACGAGGACUUGGACAGCGUGAACCAUGAGGGCGUUCUGGAAGUCGGUCGGCUGCGUUCUCACACGGUGCAGCAGCUGGUGACCGAACUGAUUGGCAGGAUGGAGAUCAAUAACAACACCAAUAAUGCUGCCUGAACACACACACACACACACACACACACACACACACACACACACACACACACACACACACACACACACACACACACACUGUGUACAUAUUGAUCUUUGUA